AUUUUAUUUACCACAUGGCUUGAGUAUAGAUAAGAGUGGUAACUACUGGGUCACUGAUGUAGCUCUCCAUCAGGUUUUCAAACUGGGAGCAGAUGACAAAAAAACAUUACUGAUCUUAGGAGUGGCUUUGCAACCAGGCAGUGACAAAAAUCAUUUCUGUCAACCAACCGAUGUGGCUGUGGAUCCAGUCACUGGCAGCAUUUAUGUCGCUGAUGGCUACUGUAACAGUCGAAUCAUUCAGUUCUCUCCAAAGGGAUUGUACAUCAUGCAGUGGGGAGAAGAAACUUCUUUAGGCAGAGCCAGACCUGGACAGUUUCAUAUCCCUCACAGCUUAGCCCUGAUUCCUGACUUCUGUCAGCUAUGUGUUGCAGACAGGGAAAACAGUCGAAUUCAGUGCUUCAUGUUAGAGACUGGGGAAUUCAUAAGAGAGAUCAAGCACAAAUCAUUUGGAAGAGAAUUGUUUGCAGUUUCAUAUGUUCCAGGUGGUCUCCUCUUUGCAGUUAAUGGAGCACCUUAUCCUGGAGAGGCAGAACCAGUGCAAGGGUUUAUGAUGAACUUCUCUACUGGAGAAAUAAUUGAUACUUUCAUUCCGCUUAGAAAG